AUGGAUGCAGCCUGGGCUCAGGUUUACAACCUGAUCGACCAGGUACAACAAGUACCGACACAGCUGCUGCUGGCCGUUGCUUGUUUCUCCCUUGUCGCCUUUGCGAUUCUGGUAUCCGUUGAUCUGAACAACCAGCAUACUCAUACAAAACGUUCUGACUCCAAGCUCAGNUUGUAUCUCGGUCUAUUCAUCGUCGCUCCUGUUCCUCGGUCACCGCAUGAGCCUGAGAAGAAAUACACGACUAUCCUGCCCGACGGAUCUGUCAGCGACCCUAAACCACAGCCAUGCUGGUACGACCACCAUGUAUCACUCAAGGCACAGGCCCGCAGUGGGAAGAUUGCUACCAGCGAUGCCUUCAGGCCCACUCAACCUGAGGUCCUGGUCACCGUCGUUGUGCCUGCCUACAAUGAAGAGCAAAGAAUGAGCGGCAUGCUCGAGGAGGCUGUCGAGUACCUGCAAUCCACCUUCCCGCAAUCGCAAUCCACCACAAGCGAUAAGCCCAAAGGCUGGGAGAUUCUUGUUGUGAACGACGGUUCUACCGACAAGACCAUCGACACGGCUCUAUCCUUUGCUCGCGACCAUCAGCUUUCCACGCAUCCUUCCACUCCAGCUGGCCCAUGGUCCUCCAACGAUGGCCCCAAGACACGGUCUAAGUCUGCUCCCAAAAUCGAGACAGUACCCACCACCAUUCCACAAGGCAGCAUUCGCGUCAUCUCAUUGGAAGAGAACAGAGGAAAAGGAGGAGCUGUCACUCAUGGCAUGCGCCAUGCAAGAGGUGCAUAUGUUGUUUUCGCCGAUGCCGACGGUGCUUCUCGCUUCUCUGACCUGGGCAAGCUGAUGGAGAAUUGCGAUCGUGUUGCUGAUGCAAAGGGAAGAGCUGUUAGUGUUGGAAGCCGAGCACAUAUGGUUGGUAGCGAAGCUGUCGUCAAGGUAAAGAGAUUAGAAGACACCAAGCUGGACAUCAUUACUGACCCUCUCACANNGCGCUCUUUCUUGCGAAACGCACUCAUGCACUCUUUCCAUCUUCUGCUCCGCCUUCUUACACCUCCAGCCACAUCAUCAAUCAAGGACACUCAAUGCGGCUUCAAGCUCUUUACACGCCCUGCGCUCCCAUAUAUUAUUCCAUACAUGCAUAGCGAGGGUUGGAUCUUCGAUGUCGAGAUGCUCAUGCUUGCAGAGAGUGCUGGCAUACCCAUGGCCGAGGUAGCUAUUGGCUGGAAAGAGGUUGGAGGCAGCAAGCUAAAUGUUGUCUGGGACUCUCUGGGUAUGGCCUGGGGACUGGCUGUAUUGAGAGCUGCAUGGAUGGUCGGCGUUUAUCGGAGAGAUAUCUGA